AUGUCUCGGGUGGGCUCCGGCACGGCCGCCUCUCUGCGGCCUUACGGCCCGUUGAUGUCCCGCAUCCGAGGGCCCGCCGUCGGGGUCAGCCGGGCCGGGGACGGCCACCGCCGCCUUGUCCGCGGUUUCCAGCAGGUUUCUCUGUUGUCUUCCUAUGAAGUUGUAAUCCCGCAGAGGUUAGGAAGAGAACGGCGAGAGGCUUCCAAUGUCUCCUCAGUACAGGACAAGGUGUCAUAUGCUAUUGAGAUAGAGGGAAAAGAAUACACGAUUCAUCUAGAAAAGAACAAAGAACUGCUGCCCAAAGAUUUCACAGUUUAUACCUAUAAUAAGGAGGGGAAGUUGCAAUCUGAACAUCCAGAUAUACAGGAUCACUGCCAUUACCAGGGAUACGUGGAGGGGACCCUGGAUUCUGUGGUUGCUGUCAGCACUUGCUCGGGGCUCAGGGGUUUGGUGACAAUAGGGAACAUCACCUAUGGGAUUGAGCCCAUGGAUUCCUCUUCUGGCUCUAAACACAUUUUAUAUCGAUUGGAUAAUGUGAAGAAAGAGCCCACGAUGUGUGGAGUAACCACUGAAGACCAUGAAAGGGAGCAUACAGAGGAAGAUCACCAUCCCAGUAUGACUCAGCUGCUGCGAAGAAAGAGAGCAGUCCUACAUCAAACAAGAUAUGUGGAGCUGUUCAUAGUUGUGGAUAAAGAAAAGUUUGAAGAUUUUGGGAAGAGCGAAACAGAAGUAAGAGAACACAUGGUGCAGCUGGCAAACUUCCUUGACAGUAUGUACAUCAUGUUGAACAUCCGCAUUGUGCUGGUUGGUCUAGAGAUUUGGAAGUAUGAAAACGUAAUUAGCACAGACGGAGGUGCUGGUGAUGUGCUGGCAAAUUUUGUACAGUGGCGAGAGAAGAAUCUUGUUUUGCGCCGGAGACAUGACAGUGCCCAGUUUGUUCUGAAGAAGGGGUUUGGUGGCACAGCUGGAAUGGCCUAUGUUGGAACAGUGUGCUCCAAGAGCCACGCAGGAGGCAUUAAUGUGUUUGGAAGAAUCAGUAUACAGAUGUUUGCAUCAAUUAUGGCUCACGAACUGGGACAUAACCUGGGGAUGAACCAUGAUGAUGAACGCGUCUGUCACUGCGGAGCAAGCAGUUGCAUUAUGAGCUCUGGAGCAUCGGGAUCAAGGAACUUCAGCAGCUGCAGUGCAGAAGACUUUGAGAAGCUAACUCUCAACAAAGGUGGAAGCUGCCUGCUCAAUGUUCCCAAGCCUGAUGAAACUUAUAGCGUCCCAUACUGUGGGAACAGGCUGGUAGAUGCUGGGGAGGAGUGUGACUGUGGUUCACCAAAGGAAUGUGAAAGUGAUCCUUGCUGUGAACCAGGUACUUGCAGACUCCGAUCCGGUGCUGAAUGUGCUUAUGGAGACUGCUGUAAAAACUGCCAGCUCCUUCCUGGAGGAACCGAGUGUCGGGCGAGUAACAACGAGUGUGACCUUCCAGAGUACUGCAACGGCACAUCCCAGUUCUGCCAGCCGGACUUCACCGUUCAGAACGGUCACCCAUGCCACAACGAGGAAGCCUACUGUUACAAUGGCGUUUGCCAGUACUACGAUGCACAGUGUCAGGAUAUCUUUGGCUCAAAAGCCAAAGCAGCCCCCAACAUUUGUUUUGCUGAGGUGAAUUCCAAGGGUGACAGAUUUGGCAACUGUGGUUUCCAUGGCCAUGACUACAAGAAAUGUUCCAGCUGGAAUGCCAUGUGUGGGAAGCUGCAAUGUGAAAAUGUGAAAACUAUGCCUGUUUUUGGAAUUAAGCCUGCUAUUAUCCAGACUCCCAUUAGAGGCACCACGUGCUGGGGUGUUGAUUUCCAGCUAGGCUCUGAUGUCCCGGACCCAGGAAUGGUGAAUGAAGGCACCAAAUGUGAUACUGGAAAGAUCUGCAGGCACUUCCAGUGUGUGAGUGCCUCUGUUCUGAACUACGACUGUGACGUGGAGAGGCAGUGUCAUGGGCAUGGGGUGUGCAAUAACAACAGGAACUGUCACUGUGAAGCAGGCUGGGCCCCUCCUUACUGCGACACUAAAGGCUAUGGAGGAAGUCUGGACAGUGGACCACCUUAUAAUGACAAAGACACCUCACUGAGAGAUGGCCUGCUGGUAUUUUUUUUCCUGGUCCUCCCACUCCUUAUAGCUGCUGCUCUGGCAUUUGCAAAAAGAGACAGACUGAAGCGAUCCUGUAGAAGAUUAAUGUCACGCUGCCAUUCGUCACUUCAGUCACCACCUCCUAGAACAGAAACCGAACCGAGAGACUACCACCACAGAGGCUUUUCACACGGCAUGCCUUAUGCUCCCAGAAGUGUUCCCAUGGGUAUGGAACCAAAUACCUUUCCUGUUCCAUCUUACCCAGUUAACCAGCAUCCUCAGCAGGCUUACCACCAGUCUUACUACCCAUCUCCGCAAUACCAGGCACUGCAGCCACAGAAGCUGCCGACAAGGCCGCCGCCUCCGCAACAGAAAUGUGCACCUCAGGGACCUCCUCCGUCACAGCAAAAAUGUUUACCUCAGGGACAGUAUUUUCCUUCUCGACCGGCACCUUUGCCUCCCAAAUAGCUUUUGGCUUCUUUGGAGCCUUCACAUGAGCUGACCUGUUCACUGAGACAGAGCUGAAAUUGCAGUUAUCCUUCUUGCAUUGAGUGGCCCAUGGUAAUCGUGGAAAGCCUUCCUUCUGCAGCCUGGGAUAAGGCAAAUGAGAUACUGAAACAAGGAAUGUAAAACUUUAAACUAAAUACCUCUACCAAAGCUACAGGAACUGAAAAACAUCUAACCCGUUCUUAGAUCUGAGUAUUGUGGCUUUGUAAACUGCAGCAGGGCUGUCCAGCUGGAAGUGGAGCAGCCUGCAGUUAAAUAAUCUUUAAAUACAGCACUUGGGAGUUACUUUUGGUUUCCCCAUUUCUGCGAUGAACCCUGAUAACAAAAUUGUCUGAUUUGUUGUCGUCUUUCUAAAUGUACGGUGAAGAAUUGAAGUAACCCAUACCAUUUUCAAAACAAGGAAAUCUGGCCAAUUAAUUUAAAAUUAUUUUGCAUGGACUGGAAAAUGUUAUCCAUUUACACAUUAAUGGCACAAGUGAAAUAAGGUAUCAGUGUACUUUUUCAGAGGAAGAUAAACAUACUGUAAACAUGUUUAUGCAUGUAUAUAUGUCUAUUGAUGUGUAAUAAUGCACUUAAAUUCUUACUUCCAUGCUGACUGACACUAAGCUGUGCUAUAUGAGCACUAAUUUUAGUGGUUUUAAAUUAGUAAUUGUGAGUUGCUAAAUGAGAAUCCUGUACUAAUUUCCACUAAUAUCAUGAAUAGGCAAUGAAAAUAAAGGUACGAAAAGACACGGCCAUAUUUUGGUUUUAAAAAAACGGGGUGCUCUUAGGUUUUAA